GGACGACGUGGCCCGCGAAAAUCCGAUUUCGCCCGGCCACCCGGGGGCCCGCACCUCCUGUGCCCGUGUGUCGCGACUGCCGCGAGUGUCCGCGACAAAGAGAACUGACGCCUUCGCUUUCUCGGGACACGCGCCAUGUUUGCUGCUGCUCUGCUACUGCUCCGCGAGUUGUCCGUCCCCUCGGCCCGUUGGCAGCUGCUCGCUUGGAGUCUUCUCCGGGGACGGCCUCCGCGGGCCAACCGCCUCGCGCCGUCCUGGCUCUGCAGUGCUCGCCUCGCCCGGAGUGAGUCUCGGUUCGUCUGCAGUGUCGUGUCGUGUAGUGCCCGCGCGUUGAUUGUUCCGGAAUGCGCUGCUCCACUGCUUCUUCUUGGAUUUCGGCUAGUGUCCUAAUCGAAUUAUGCCCGCCGCCGACGCCGAGGAGGUAUUGACAUUUCGUGCGGCGAGAGCCAGUGCAUAUGUGUGCCACACAGGCGCGCGCGAGCUCCGAUGCACUUCGCGGCCGUGCGUACGCGCAGUCCUUUCUCGCGGUGCUGAUGCAUGUGUGCGUGAUGCCGAGAGAGAAAGAGAGAGAGAGAGAGAGAGAUAGGUGGAUGCAUUCGGAAGGGUGUAAUGCCAGCCGCGAACAAUGAGAGACUGGUGUUCUGUGCGGAAGUUGACCGACGGCAAGGGUUGGGGGUGCGUUUGUCUGCUCUUGUUAUGUAAUCUAGGUGACCAGAUGGCUUCGCACAUCUCUUAUGGCUUGUCCUCUGCUCGAGUUGAACAAUUGUCCUGGCUUUGAUGAUAUUUUGGGGAGUCCGUACUCCUCUAUUUAUAGUCAUUUAGAGUGUGAUGGAUCAGCUUCAAGAAGGCCAGACCGUGAUGGUUGGCGGGGCUGGAGGUACGGUUCAAGUUGUACAGAUGGGCCAAGGUGGCCAAGCCAUGAUGCUUCCUCAGACAAUUCAAGUAGCAGCACCCAAUGGCCAGAUCCAAGUAGUUCCCGUCUCUAGUCUAGCUGGAGCAGGACAGCAGAUAGUGAUUCAACAGCCACAGACACCACAGAUAAUACAGACACCAGAUGGCCAGACGUAUAUCUAUCAGCCUGUGCAACUCGAGGGACAAGUUGCGCAACAGGCUCAACCUACUGUUAUAAAUAUCAACGGAAACCUGAUGCAAAUAGCCAACCCCACGACCCAGACAGCCACUGCUCCUGCAUCGAAUCCAGUCCAACAAAUUGCUACUCCGACAGCAGCAGCAACACAGGCAGGAAACAUUGUCAUGAUGGUACCUGGUAACAGCGGGCAACCGCAAUUCCAACGAGUAGCUCUUCCAAAUGCUGAGUUUUUAGAGGAGGAACCUCUCUAUGUCAACGCUAAACAGUACAGACGUAUUCUUAAGCGUAGACAAGCGAGAGCAAAACUGGAAGCUGAAGGAAAAAUUCCUAAAGAGAGACCGAAAUACCUUCACGAGUCCCGACACCGACAUGCUAUGAAUCGAAUACGAGGAGAGGGUGGUCGGUUUCACUCUGGACAAGUGAAAAAGAGGAGUAGAACAAACAAUAACGCAAUGAUGGCCCAACACAUAGCAACUUCAACUGGUAACAAUAUUCGAACUAUAACAAUACCAGUUUCAAGCGCUGGAAUGCAGCACAAUUCUGAUAUGACCUCCACUAUUAUCAUAGAGAAUGGAGCCAGCGGAGAUGUCUUACCAGAUAUGAUCAACGAUGGAACGUUAGUGGACAUAAAAUAGGAUGUGUAGGAUAAAUUUAUAAUUUUAUUUUAAGAUUUAUGCGUGGUUUCAUCAACUUAUCGUGAAAGUAUGCGAUCUAUGGAAGACUCUGAAAGUAGAAGUAGUUUUGUAUCACUAAUCACUACACGUAAAUCAAUAUUGGUGUAUAUAUUUAUUAUUUCACAGCGCGUAGCGCUACGCUUGCAUAAUCGUUGAUGGUAUUAGCUCUAAUAAGAGGGAUAUCAUUAAAUUGAAAACGGUUGAUUUCUCAAAUCAAUUUUUAAUUUAGACUAACUAACGUCUUCUCGUAAAAAAAGCUUGUUUAUAUAAGUCCAGUUCAGUUGAAUUAAUCCUACGGAAUGAGUUGUGUAAAGUAUUUUGACAUAUUCAAGUCGGUUUGACAAAAAUCCUACAUAAUUUUUAACCGACAACCGAUAGUGACCUCAUAUUUAGCUUUUCUUACAAUGUUGGAUUUUUAAAUCAGGAUCACCAAGUCUAAUGUUUCUAGUAAUUUGAGAGUAAAACUUCGUGCAACGAAAAAGUCAGUUGGAAAAUUUAGAACUUACCCAAGUUAAAUUAAUAUAUAACCCAUGGUUUGUUCUUAAGGGCCACCACACCAGUUAUAUAGAUAUAUUAACCGUAUUAAAUUGACGCGCCCCUUUGCUCCCAACUUUUAGAAAAACGGCUGUACAUAGGAGUCUUAAAAAAUUACAGGACCUAGUUGUCGGUACAAUCUUUGCGCGGAAGUGAGCGGGACAGCAUUUAUCAGGAAAUUCCCAAGGGAAAAGAAUACUUCAAAAAUACUUUCCAGAUAUGUCAAAUAUUUUGGGUUAGAUCAGAUCGAUCGUCUAUUGUUUAUUUUGGCCGAGGUUAGUGGUUCGGAAGGAAAGCGUACUGUGAAGUAUCUUUUUCUCCAGGAUUCCAUUGAUGCAUAAUGCCCAGCUCACUACCGCGCAACGAUUGUACCCACAACUAGGUCCUGUAAUUUUUUGAGAGUCAUAAAAGCGCUCGUUUUUCCAGAAGUUGGGAGCAAAUGGUCGCGUAAAUUAGCAUUCACUAGUAUAUCUAUAUAACUGGUGUGGUGGUCCUUUAACAAACAUUGCCUUUAGCUUCUAUCUUUGCAAACGUAUAUGAGGAUCUAGUUAUUCAGAAAAAUAAAACUCGUAAAAGAAUGAGUGCAAGUACAAUUAACAUUAAUUUUAGUAAUAUUGAGUUGAACGUUACACUUUUGCUACUGUCACACAGUGCUGAACAAAAGGCGUUGAAUUCAUUCUCGUACUGAUAUAGAUAAAAUUUAAUGUAGUAGAUGAAAAAAUUUUAAGCGCAAGGAGAGUCAAAUAGCAAUAAAAUUCUUCAAACUAUAUUUGCUAUUUUAUUUGCAGUUUCAAAAACGUUAUAUGAUUUUGUAUACUGUGUAAUCUCGUGUAGUACGUGACUCUCUUUGCUAUUUCUGUAUAUAAAUGCCUGAAAGUGUGCACGAAUAGGUGAUUGUUUUGUAAGUAUGCAAGCGAAAAAAUAAUUUAAAUAUCUUAGGAAAGCGAAAGGUAUAAUAUAAUAGGAUGAUGUAAUAGCGUUAAUUUAUAAAGAUUGACAUUCUUAACAAAGGACUUAAAACAAUUAAUAAUCGAAAAACAGAAAGAACAAA